AUGGUUUCAAAUGAAACGUCUCAGUAUAUGGGGAUUGUCCGGUUGCUCCAGCAUUUUGGAUGGACAUGGGUUGGACUCUUUGCUAUAGAUGAUGACAGUGGAGAACAUUUUUUGCAGUCUCUGGAAUCAUUGUUUUCCCAGAAUGGAAUCUGUUCUGCGUUCACACAAAGACUCCCUAAAGAAUUUCGUCUGGAUUUCAUACAGAAAUUUCUCGACAUAGUCUCAAAUAUUAAUGCAACUUUUACUGAUAACAAAACUACUGCCCUUGUAUUUUAUGGACAUACUUUGACAAAUAUAUGUCUGAGAACAUUUCUUUUGAUGCAAGAGACUGAAAAUAAACAAAAUGUCUCAUCUAGAAAGGUGUGGAUUACAACAACCCAGACUGAUUUCAUAACCAUAAGCUUUCAAAGAGAGUGGCAUUUGCAAGUGUUUGAAGGUGCCAUCUCCUUCAUGAGGCACUUGAAAGAAGUUAUAGGAUUUAAGGAAUUUCUUUUGCUCAUAAGACCUUACUGGAAGCAAGGGAAUAGUUUUCUCAAGCACUUCUGGGAACAGGCAUUCAAUUGUGAAUUUCCAAAUUCCAAAAUGAUGAAUGAACCGUGUUCUGGAGAUGAAAGACUGGAGAGUCUUCCUGGAACUCUUUUUGAAAUGCACAUGACUGCUCAUAGUUACAGCAUCUAUAAUGCUGUCUAUGUUGUGGCACAUGCUUUGCGAGCUUUUUCUUCCUCUAGACCUGAUUACAGAACAAGGCUAGGUAGAAAUAUACUUGGAUUGCAGAACAUACAACCUUGGCAGCUUCAUCCAUUUCUUCAGGGCACUUCAUUUAACAACACGGUUGGAGAAACUGUGUCCUUUAAUGACAACAGGGAAGCAGGAGGUGGAUUUGACAUCAUAAGCAUAGUCACAUUCCCAAACAACUCUUUCAAGAGGGUGAAAAUUGGAAGAGUGGAUCACAAUAGACGUGAAGGGAAGGAAUUCAUCAUUGAUGACCGGAUAAUUGUGUGGCACAAAGAUUUUAACCAGAUGGUACCUGCUUCAGCAUGUAAUGAACCCUGCCAACCUGGGAGUCAGAAGAGGAGAAAGGAAGGACAAAAAUUUUGCUGUUAUGAUUGUCUUCCAUGUGCAGAUGGGAAGAUUACAAAGCAGAAGGAUAUGGAUCACUGUUCUGAAUGUCCAGAUGAUCAGCAUCCAAGCGUGAACAGAAAUGGAUGCAUCCCCAAAAGGAUUAACUUUCUGUCCUAUGAAGAAUCUUUAGGGAUCAUUUUCACAUCAUUUGCUGCUUCUCUUUCUGUGAUCACAGUCUGGGUGUUAGGAACUUUCAUUAAAUAUAAAGAUACUCCCAUGGUCAAAGCCAACAACCGGGGCAUCACCUAUAUUCUCCUCAUUUCCCUUCUGCUCUGCUUCCUCUCUUCUUUGCUCUUUCUUGGCCAACCUGGGAAAAAGACCUGCUUUCUUCAACAACCAGUUUUUGGUUUCAUCUUCUCAGUGGCUGUUUCUUGUCUCCUGGCAAAAACCAGUGUUGUUUCUCUAGCAUUCCUAGCCACAAAGCCUGGAGGUGGGAUAUCGAAGUGGGUGGAUAAAAGAUUGGCUUAUUAUAUUGUCCUUUUCUGCUCCCUUAUUCAAGCAAGUAUUUGUAUAGUAUGGUGGGCAACAUCUCCCCCCUUCCCUGAUUUGGACAUGCAUUCCCUAACUGAAGAAAUCAUUAUGCGAUGCAAUGAAGGAUCAGUUAUCAUGUUUUAUUUUGUCCUGGGAUACAUGGGCCUCUUGGCCAUGGCUAGCUUCAUUGUAGCAUUCCUUGCCCGCAAAUUGCCUGACAGUUUCAAUGAAGCCAAAUUUAUUACAUUCAGUAUGCUGGUGUUUUGCAGUGUGUGGGUCACCUUUUUCCCCACCUACCUGAGUGCAACAGGGAAAGCCAUGGUGGCUGUGGAGAUGUUCAGCAUCUUAUCUUCUGCUGCUGGUUUACUGGGCUGUAUCUUCUUCCCGAAAUGCUACAUCAUUGUGUUGAGGCCCGAGCUUAACAAAAAGGAACAGCUCAUAAGAAGAAAAAAUUAA